GGGGGCUGCCUCGGCCACUGCCCGCUCUGCCUCAGCCGCCGUUGACGGUGUGUGCCUGUGUCCUGCCCGGGGGUGGCGCGGGACAUGGCGAGCUCGACUAAUACAAACCCCGUGCCUAAACUGUAUAGGUCUGUGAUUGAAGAUGUCAUUAAUGAUGUCCGAGAAGUCUUUCUGAAUGAUAGUGUUGAUGAGCAAGUCCUUGUGGAACUGAAAACACUGUGGGAAAAUAAGCUGCUGCAGUCCAAGGCUGUAGAUGGAUUUCAUUCAGAGGAACAGCAGCUUUUGUUGCAAGUUCAGCAGCAUCAGCAACAACAGCAACAGCAGCAGCAUUCCCAUCAUCAUCAUCAUCACCACCCGCAACCACAGCCACAGCCGACAGUUCAGCAGCAGUCCCAGGCACAACAAGUCCUUAUUCCUGCAACACAGCAAGCACCUCAACAACAAGUUAUUGUGCCUGAUUCCAAGUUAAUACAGCACAUGAGCGCAUCAAGCAUGAGCGCUGCUGCUACUGCAGCUACCUUGGCUUUGCCUGCUGGUGUUACUCCAGUUCAACAAAUACUCACAAAUUCAGGCCAAAUCCUACAGGUGGUUAGAACUGCCAAUGGAGCUCAAUACAUCAUUCAGCCCCAGCAGCAAGUGGUUCUACAGCAACAGGUUAUACCACAGAUGCAACCUGGUGGGGUUCAGUCUCCUGUUAUUCAGCAAGUUUUGGCUCCCAUUCCUGGAGGGAUCUCACAGCAGACAGGAGUGAUUAUUCAGCCCCAGCAGAUCUUAUUUACCGGAAACAAAACCCAGGUCAUACCUACAACAGUGGCUGCACCUACACCAGCACAAGCACAGAUUUCUGCAGCAAGUCAGCAACAACCUCAGCAACAGCCAACACAACCACAGGCACCAUUAGUGCUGCAGGUGGAUGGAGCAGGUGACACAUCAUCUGAAGAAGAUGAGGAGGAGGAGGAAGAUUAUGAUGAUGAUGAAGAGGAGGACAAAGAAAAGGAUGGAGGUGAAGAUGGCCAAGUUGAAGAGGAGCCUCUCAAUAGUGAAGAUGAUGUGAGUGAUGAAGAAGGACAGGAACUAUUUGACACUGAGAAUGUUGUUGUGUGCCAGUAUGACAAGAUUCAUAGAAGUAAGAACAAAUGGAAGUUUCACCUCAAAGAUGGAAUCAUGAAUCUUAAUGGAAGAGAUUAUGUAUUUUCCAAAGCCAUUGGAGAUGCAGAAUGGUGAAAUUCCUUACACAAAACAAACUCAAAGUGAAAGCAGGAAAGGUUGAGACUUGGAUAUACGCUUCAACAAAAAUCUGUAUCUGGACACCACAAAGGAUUAGUAGAACCAAGACUACUAGGACAAAGAAAUAGCAUGGCGAUAUUGACACUACUUCAAAUGGGAAAGCUGAGGCAUUGGUGCAGCUAGCUAUGCCCGAAAGCUGGUUUUGUAUUAAUACCUUAAUUAACCACUUCUACCUAUAGAUAAAGGUAACUAGCAUGUAAUGCUUAAUCUCCCCUUCCACUGAUUUGAAGGAACUCUCCUUUUUUGGUAACAGUACUAUGGAAAAAGCUUAGCGUGUCUUUGUGUAUAAAUUGUACUGAACCAUUCCCUUUGGGAGUGGGGGUUGGUAAGAAUCUUGCUUAAACUGUUGGCAAAUUUCUAACCAAUUGGUAAAAAAUGAGGCAUUGAGUUCGAACUACCUUGUAUGAGUAAACUAUUUUUAAAUCUCUUGUGCUGGGUCAUGCAUAAUUUUAUCUACGGUUUUGGGCCUUUUAUAAACAUUUUGAUCCUGGUACCAAAAGAUCUCAUUUGUAUUUUAAAUGUAAUAAUUCAAAAAAAUUCUUUUAAAAGGAUGCUGUGCUUUAAAGGGGCCUGAAGAUGGAAGCUGUGUGAUUCUAAUGUCUCAGUCCCCGUUUUCUUUCAAAAGGUCCUUUUAAAGCAAGAUUGAACAAAGUUAGCAGUCUGUGUGCUGAAUUAUUGCUAGUCAGAAAUCAAUCUUUUAAAAAUUCUACUGGCUAACAAUGUGUAUUCCCACUGCCAAGUGAAAUAUGCACUGCUGGUGAUGAUAUCAGAAGUUGUAGGUGACUAUGCACUUUGGUGUACUGCAUUGAAAGAGCUUCCAGUUUUCCUUUCAGUAAUUAACAAUAAUAAUUUUGACUUGGUGGUGGAACAAAAUCGCACUAGCUCUAAUAAUUCAAAAAGUAAUAAUUUUAAUAGCAAGAAGUUGCUGUUGAAGAUAAAUUUCUCUCUGUAGCAUGUCUUUUGGAAAUCAGGCUUUCCGGAACACAGCUCUCUUCACAGUCGGGGCAGAGGCUGGAAUGCAGCCAUAUUAAGGGAAACAGGCAGCACCGGAUGGUUUAUCAUUGCAAGAUAGAUCUGUAUUCAUGCCAGCCAGUCAGGUGAAAAGCAGUGAAAUCAGGAAAGGGCGAGUUCACACAUGGGGACUAUGAUAGUAGCAGAUACCCGCUUGUUCUGUUUCUAAUAUUUUCAUUCUUGCGGAAAAUGAAAGUUUUUUAUUAACCAAAAUUACAAGUGCAUUUAAUCAGCACUAAGUACUAGUUCUUCUCUUCUCCUCCCAAACUAUUUUCUUUGCAUUUCGAUACAAAUGUACCAGUUGUUUCUGUUUGCAGCAAAAGCCUAGUACAUUGCAAUGAGCAAUUAGGUUAUUCUACACCUAAGGUGUCGCUAAAGCUGGCCAAAUUUGUUGAUUCUGUUGUAUAGUGACAUUUGUAAAGCAUCUGAAUUUUGUAAUGCAUAAACAUCAUUAGAACUUUCACUUUCUGGUCAUCUUCAUUGCUUUCUGAAUCUGCAAACCCAUUUGGGUGCGGUUUUGGCUCUGGGCUUGAAGAUGUGUGUAAGUAGUUUUAUUCCCUAUGGGUAAAAUCAAAGCCCUGCUUCAAGGAGACCCAUUCAUUUCAAUGGGUCUACUCUAAGUAGGAUUUAAGUUGGAUUUUAUCCAGUGUAUAAAAAAUGUACGUUUAAAAGAAACACACACCACUACUUUACAUGCCAUGUUUGUGACUACAUUGAGAUCAAUUGUCAUUUUCCCUUGCAUCCUUAUGUAUCUUGUGGCCUGUUCACAGUAUAUCAUAGACUUCGAGCUUGAUUUAAUACAGAUGUAAAACAGAAAUACUGCACUGUGAAGUCCAAAUAGGCUACAGUUUUCUAUUCAUUACUGGAACCCAAAUACUGUACAAAUGAUUUAGCAUUGUGUACAUAAUGGGCACUGAAUAGCUGCUUGUCUGUAGCCUUUUUACUCAUUUUAGAGGAUACCACAGCUUUAAAAGUGACUUAAAGAUAUGUCUAUAUGGAAGCAAGCUUGGUGUCUUGCAAAUUAAUUAUGGAUAUGCUUUGGUUGAUGAGGGUGUUAACAAAAGGACCUGUGAAGUACUUCUGAAAGCCAGUCACAUACCAAACUUGUGCUCUUACUUGCUUCAUCAAGUGUUCCUUUUUAAAUCAAAAAGCAUGUUUUUAAUUUCAUUUUAUUGUAGCAGCUUGCUGUAAGAAUAUAGUUUGCUUACACUUAUUAUUGUACUUGAAUUUUAAUCAUGGUUUUAACAAUGUAACUGAACAAACCAUUUUGUUAGGUUUCCAUUGAAAUCAUUCCUUUUGGGAGGUCAAGGAAUUCCCAUGGUUAGUCCUUAAGCUUAUGUAGAGUUGAUUUCUUUUCUUUUAUCCAUUGACUUAGACGUGGAAUUAGUUUCCAUUUAAAUAGUUCAGUAUCUACUUUUCAAGCAAUUAACGGUUUGCAAGAAGGGCUUAUGUUUAGAUUUGCACAGAUAACAGGAGCACCUUUUAACUUUAAGAUGAAGAAAGCAACUUUUAAAUGUUUUGAUCAGGCUAAGGGGAGAUUUACAAAGUAAAUACACAAAGGUGAGAGUCUUGUGCCUUUGCAAUCUUCAGAUAUUCCUACUUUGCGUUAAGCGAUAUCUAGGACCAUUGGAUUCCUUUGGUUUCCUACAGAGCUUCAGUUGUAACUUAACAUUUUAAGUCUAAUCUUACUGGCUUUCUAGAACGUGCAAUCAUUCGAACCAUCUACAUUAAAUGUCUUUUAAGAAGGUUUUAGAUACUGUCACAAAGAACUUUAUAUUGGACUAUUUAAUUUUUAUGUGUAAGGUGUUGCCCCCAGCCCCCCAGCUAUCUAGAGGCAUCCAAGUUUCCAUCUCCCUUGCUCCUUUGUGUUUUAUCAGUCAUCUCCCUGGAAAUUAAUCAUGAUUUCACAAACAAAAAUAUUGUGCUGUUUUCUCAAGGGGAUGAAACUUGUGAUUGAAGCACAGUUGCUAGAAAAAGCAAAGAACAUGUAGCAAUUGAUAUAACCAGACUGGCAGAAAUGUCAUUUUUAAAAUAGUGUUAACACCACAAGGUUUUUCAUUUAUGGUCUAUUUACAUCAAACAGCAAUAAUGUCCCUAUCAAAUUACUAUAUAAUACAAAUCUGUAGUUCCAGUGCAGGAGGAAAAAAUAGCCUUUUAACAUGCUUGCAAUGACAUUUCCUCUCAAAGAAGUUACCUUUCAUCACGGGUUUUUGCAAAAAUCAAGUAUGAUUAGCAAGUUGGUUCACUGUAGCAGACUUUUCUUUUCUGUAUUUUUGGAAAACCCUAGGAUCUCUUGAGUGUUUAUUUUCCUGGAUUUUAAAGUGGAUCAAUGCUGUUGAGAAAUCCAGCACUUUGCUUGCGUAUGACAAGGCUUAUUAUGAUCUCAAUAUGAAUGUUAAAAAUGGCAAAGGAUAACUUUUUUGAGUGGAAGAAUAAUUGCAGGCCAGCCACGUGAAAGAACAUCACAUACAUUUGCUCUUGCGUGCCUAGGGUACCAAAACAAUUUAGGGGAGUGGGAAAUAUCCUUAGUUGCUGUUCUGAGCUACUAUUGUCAACUGCUGUUGUACAUAUACUGUUAUGUGUAAGGGGGGGGGGGGGUAAAUAUAUUUAUUAUGUUUGUAAAAUUCAAUCUGUACAAUUGAAGAUCAAGGAUGCUCUUCCUGGGAUGUACAGGAUGUGUUUCAAAGGCCAUGCUUGGAAUACAAUUAGAAAACUUAGUAUUUUGAUGUACUAAGACCUAUUUUAAGUUUAAUAUUUUGCCUUUGCAAAAAAAUUAAUUAAAGAUGUUAUUUAAAAUAAGCUUGCCACUUUUAUUUACUAUUUUGUGUAUUAAAAAUACUUUCAUGUGUAA